AUGGUUAUGUCCAUAUUUUGAAGUUAGAUUUUAAGAGAAGAUACAAUAUAAGAAGAUAGUAAAAGUGUUGUUUUAUGUUGAAAAAACAGCAAAAGAUCUAGUUGUUACUAAAAAAGUAAUAUUAAAUAUUUAAUUAGGAAUAAUAAAAUGAAUGUGAGUCUCAGAAAUAUUGGAUUGGAUUUAAUAAAAAUAAAUUGAGAGUUUUCAAAUAGGAAAUGGAACCAUAAAGUUUUAAGGGACAAAAUCAAUAAUUAUAUUAAAACUUAUUUUAAACAUAAUUGAAUUAAAAAAAUAAAGAUUAGAGUUUUUAAAUAUGCUUCGAAUUACUCCAGUAAAACACUAGGAGAAACUAAUGA